AUGGGGCAGCUCGAGAAGGACGACGGAAGUCUCGACGAGGCUAGCAACGACGUGCUUCGACUCCUGGACCUCGGCCCCAGCCUCACCAAGCUACCCCCGCGGGCGCCCGACGCGGACGCCGCCGGGGGAUGGGCGGCCCAGGAAGGACCGCAGCUCGAGGCUGUCGUCGACGCGGUCGAUACGACCAACGGACUCUUCCUCCAUAUUUCCAAGCUCGCGAGUGACAUGUGGCGGAAGGAGUCGGAGACCGAGACGCCGUCCACGGCCGUCGCGCUCCCCACGUCCGACUUUGACGUGCGUCUUGGCUCGUACGUCAAGCACCUCCAGCAACUCGCUGUUGCGACCAAGAAGGAAAAGCACAAGCACGAGCAGCGGCUCCUUACGGUACGAAGUGUCUCCAAGAGCCAGCGCAAGGUGAGCCCGCCGCCGCUACCGCUACCGACGCAGAACUGCAUGGUCCUCGGGUGGGACAUGGCGAUCGCGCUCUUGCGAGCAACGCGGCGCGAAGGCGGCGACACGUACCUUUCUGCGCUGCGCAUGGUCCAAGACAACAUGGCGACGCUCAAGCCGAUGGCGUACCUCGACGGCAUGUACCUCUCGCCAAGCGCGAGUGCGUCGUUCAACCAGCUCUGCGACUUUCUCAUCGAGGCCGCGGAGCCUGUUUUGUCUCCGAACGGCGACAUGGAGGCCACGAUCUCGCGCACAACUAUUUCAACACUGGCCGAGCUUGCUCUGGUGCGUGGGUCCCUUGCGUACCUGCUCUCGUCCGUGCUCUGGAUGCUCUCGCGGUCACCGUCCACGACCCUCGACGUCAACCACGUCCUCUCCAAGCUCUUGUCGAUCAAAGAGCAGUCGCUGUAUGGUAUCUGUGAAGCAUCAGGUGAGCUCUACUGCUGCGGCCAAAACUCGUACGGCGAGCUCGGUAUCGGCGACGACAUUGAACGCCAUCAACUUACGCUUGUGCCGUUCGGUGGCUGGGACGACAUUCGGCAGGUCGUGAGCGGCAACGAGAUCCUCGCCGUUCUCACCAACAGCGGCAUCGUGCUCACAGCGGGCCUCAACAAAAGUGGCCAGUGCGGCCACGGCCACUUUGACGAGCGCGUGAUGCUGCUCCGGCCAAUCGAGGCGCUUCGCUCGCAGCGCGUUCGGUUUCUCGCCGCGUCCAACGGCUGCGAACAUAUGAUUGCCGUCACAGACACGGGGUUGGCAUAUUCGUGGGGCUACAACGACCGUGGUCAGCUCGGCCACGAGAACGUCACGACCAAGAUCCAUGUGCCCAAGCUCAUCGACCACCUCCGUGACAAGAAGGUGACGUUUGCAGCAGUGAGCUACCACCACAGCGCCGUGAUUACGGAAAAAGGCGAGCUCUUUACGUUUGGCAUGAACGACUGCGGACAGCUCGGACACGACUCGACCGCGCACCAGAGCAUCCCGACGCACGUCAAGGCACUCGACGGUCACGUCGUUUCCAUGGUGUCGUGCGGCUUGUACCACACGAUCGUCUGCACGGCCGUCGGCGAGCUCUACACGUUUGGCAAGAACGACUAUGGGCAGCUCGGCCUGGGCCACAAUCGACAGAGCAAGAUCCCGAGCCUCGUGUCGAUCCCGAACGAGUCGAUUGCGUUUGUUACCUGCGGCUAUUACCACUCGCUCGUCGUCGGAACCAGCGGGCGCGUCUUUGCUUUUGGCCGCAACGACUAUGGCCAGCUUGGCAUUGGCACAAAAGUGCACCAGAGCAUGCCGCACGUCAUCACGCUUGCGCCGACGGUGCGCGUGACGCGCGCCGCGUGCGGCUGCUACCACACGGUCAUUCUCUCCGAGCAAGGCCACGUGUUUGCGUUUGGUCGCAACAACAAGGGCCAACUCGGAAACCGCGGCAGCACCGACUCGCUCUUGCCCGUGCCGCUCAUGGUGCGGCCGGAGAAGAGCCAUCGCCGCGUCCUCGACAUCGCCGCUGGGUUUUACACGACGUCGUUGAUUGUCGAGCGCAAGAAAGAGUCGGACGACGACGACAAGAGCGACCAGAGCUGGGUCAUUCCGCUCUGUGGGCGCAUCGACAUUGACCGGUCCGGCGAGAUUGAAGGCUUGAGCAACUUUGGGUCCCUCUCGACGGUCGGCGUCAGCCUUACGCGCGGCGCAUGGUUUUACGAAGUCGAGGUUGUCACGUCCGGCUUGAUUCAAAUUGGCUGGAUUGACGGCCACUUUCAAGGCAGCUCAGACCAAGGUGAAGGCGUUGGUGAUCAUGCACACUCGUGGAGCUACGACGGCAACCGUCAGCGCCGCUGGAACUCGGGGUCGUCCACGUAUGGCGACAAGUGGAAGGCCGGCGACAUUAUUGGGUGCCUCCUCGACCUCGAUGCGUCCGAGAUGCGCUACUUCCGGAACGGCAUCGACCUCGGCGUCGCCUACGCCGAGUUCCACCCGUCAUCGGAAGACGCGCGCAGCGGCAUGAUGCCGGGCAUUAGUCUCGAGCGCGGCGAGAUCAUUCGGCUCAACCUCGGGCACACGGCGUUUGCGUUUCCGCCGACGGCCAAGCACGAGAGCGUCGCCCGCGCGAUGCAGUGCCCCGCACCCGAAGUAUCGCUGUCGCUCGCACCGCAAGUGCCGACAAACGCGCCCGAAGCGCUCCACGGGUCGGCCAAGGUGCUCGUCGGGGACCGUCUCUUUGUCAUUGGUGGUAUGCUGGGGAGCGAUAAGGAUGCUGCAACGACCAAGGUGUGGGUCUGCCACCUCCCGACCAACAAGUGGGAUCGCUGGAGCGACCUCCCGAUCCCGCUGAAAUUUCACCAAGCGGUGCUCAUCGAUGAGCACAACAUUCUUGUCGUUGGUGGUGAAAACGACGCUCCAGUGUCGCGCCACCUCGACUUGUACAAGUGCUCGACGAAAGCCAACGCCGACGGUUCGUUUCCGACAUGGGACCUUAUCCAAGGAUCAUCGGCCACAUCACUACCCGUUGCGCGUGCACACCACACGGUCGCUGCCGUCCGCGUCCGUCUCGAGACGCUUGUCUUUCUCUUUGGCGGCCGCGCCUCGGACGAUACGAUCCUUGGCGACGCGUGGUUUCUGUCGCUGGAAGACUUUGCAUGGGCCAAGUUGCCGUCGUCGAUUGCACUGGAUCCGGGGCCGCGCGUCGGCUGUGCGUCGUGCGUGGUCGGCGAAAGCGUCUAUGUGUUUGGUGGCAUCGACAAGGAAGACCGACUGCGCGCCGAUCUUUGGCGCUACAACACGUUUGACCGCGUUUGGCACCUCUGCCACGACGACUACAUUUACACGCCCCGCGAGCACAUGAAGGGCGACAAGAUGCAAGAGUUCAAUCCGCUCAUGCCGUCGGUCCGCGCGCACCACGGCAUGGCAUCGGACCUCGGCAACAUUUGGAUUUACGGUGGUGAGACGCGCAAGGGCGACGUGCUCGGCGAUCUUUGGGUCUUCUCACUCACACGGUGCACGUGGGCGUCGGUCGAUGUGGUUGGCGCCGAGCCCCUCGCGCACACCGCCAUGUUUGUCGCUGCCGGUCGAGUCUGUGCCCUUCCAUCCGGUCAGGUGCCCGCGCCACUCGCCUGUUUUCUCUAUGGUGGUCGCACGACAUUGCUGGAAAAUGGCAUGGCCGUGCCCACGUGGACGACAAUGAUCCGACUCUUGACGCCGUCGGCCGUGCACAAGCGCCUCGAGAAUGGCCGAUCGUCGCAAACGGUCGUCGGGAAGCCGUCGACGGUCUUGGCGAGCUUGCGGGUGCACGCGGGCGAUGCGCAGUGCCUCCCGACCUGUCUCGACUCGGCAAGCUGCAUUCUGGGCCACCUCGACCGUCUCCUUGGCAACGACGUGCCGCAAUACGAAGUCGAUGCGAUUCAGCCGUCGCGCUGCAGCUAUCGUUCGUUGUGCAUUGACGCAAAGGAGCCGUCGUUUGCCGCGUUGCACCGGCUCCUCUUGCUUUUGGGCACCAAGUACUUGGCGCCGCAGGGCGCCGCGUCGCAAGAGACGCUCUACCCCCUUUUGGUCGUGCUGCGCUUGAUCAAGUUCAACUUUUUCGAGCUCUCGACGUCGUGUUUGGUGCUCGACGACUUGGGGUUCUCGUCGGCAUCGACAGAGCCAGGUGGUACGCUCUACUUGCUACGGGAGCUUCUCUUUUCGAUUGCCGAGUACGUGCCACCUGCCGACAACAAUGGUGUCGGAGUGGCCAUCAAGAAGGAGACUGUCGCCGCGAUCAACUGCGGGUUUGCAAUCAUGUUUCCGUCGCUUCUCGACCGCCUUUCGGUGCUCACACGGCUUUUCAACGACCAAGCCAAGUCGACCGACGUCGCCAACUUGCUCUUGCCGAUGCUCGUGCCGUCGUUUGCGUGUCCAAAGACACUGUUCGAGCUCAUGGCCGAGUCGGUCGACGACACAUCGCUGGCGAUCACGACGACGUUUGCCGAGACGCUUUUGCGCGCCCUCUGGCAGCAAACGUUGGCCGCAGCGCCUAACACGCUCUCAGCGCUUGUCAGUAUUGAAGCGUCGUCCGAAUUUCAGUGCUUCCACGUGCUUUUGCGUGCGUCUCUCUUUUGGGCCGCGUCGAGUCUCCACGGGUGGGCCAUCACCAAGCACAUUGUGGAGCGAUUGUUGCAUUACAUGGCUCAGCUCGUCGACGCGCUCAAGACACCGUCGAUGGUGGCGCCCGCACUUUUUCUCCAGCAGAGUUUUGCCGGCAAACUGCUUCCGUUUACGCUCGUGAGCCUUCUCAACUUGCCUUCGAUUCGUCCUGCGUUUGCAAGCGCCGUCAUGGACUUGUGGCCAGCGGUGCAGACGCUGUUAACGGCACUGCACGACCUGAUGACGUCACUGCAAUCUGGGUCCAUGUCGCUGACGCCGUCGUCGUCGCUCACACCAACGCUACCGGCGACGUUCCAAGAGGAGGCUCUGUAUGGAUCGGCGACGCUUCAGGUCACUUGUGCGCUUUUGGACGCGCUUCAAAUACCAUCGAACCGCGUGCUGAAUGGCAUUGAGCUUGCAGGUCUGCUCUGGAAUGCCGUGCGUGUGGGCAGCCCCGUGAAGCGUCUGCCGACCGCCAGUGUCCGCGACUAUGACAUGUACCGUAUCGUGCUCUCGCCGGGUUUUGCCAACGUCUUUGGGAAGCGCAGUCUCCUCGUCGGGUACCGCGGCCACGCAGAGAUUGACGACUUGAGCGACACGCCGUAUGACGCAACAAAAUUUACGUGGAAGUUUGCGUGGGACACCCUCACGUGCCACAUUGCGCUCUUGACGCCCAGUGUGUUUCCACCGCCGGCGCCGUCGCAGGUCGUGUCUUCAACGAUGCCGAGCCCCGAGCUCGCAGCGCACCUCGACUGGCUCCAUGAUAUUCAAAGCCUCUUGGCGCAUCUGGGUGGGCAGUAUGCAUCGGCGCUCAUCAUUGGGGACGCGUCGGUCAAAGACACGCCGGCGUCGCUCGAACGCUGGAUUCAGUCGCCGCUCUUCCGCGGCGGCCUCGACGACGUCGAGAGUGAGGCCAACCGCAACGAUCUUCUUUUGUCGCAAAUCCUCACCAACGACGGCGCCGGCAAAAAGCUCAUUGACAAGGUCAAGAUGGCUGUUGAUCCGGACGCGCACAUCAACCCCAAGCUACGCGCGACGCGCCUCAAGCGCCAAGACAGCGUGGAGCGAACGCUCGAGAAGAGCGGUGGGUUCGAGGCGGUGGAUCGGGCUGUGCGCGCAACGUUCGCGGUUCUCGCCAAGCACAGCCACACGUCAUACGUGAGCGACCCGCUCACGCGCGACGGUAUGCCGAGCGAUGCGCUCGUGGAUGCGUGGCGCACGGCACUGCAGCUUCGCCGAUGGAUCGUGCGGGAGCAACAAAAGCUAGCCGUCACCUUGAGUGACGGCAAGGUCUAUGGCGACGAAGCCGCCGAGGACUCGGAGGCGACCAAGGAGCGGCAGCAAGUGCUCUACAAGCAAGUGUGCGACCCGAUCGUCGAGCGCGCGCGCCUUUUGUUGCAGCUGGCGCCGGUGCCCGUCUCGAGCACUGUAGAGCACGGCUCGUCGCCGUUCAAGAUCCUUCCGGGCAUCUCACAGUCGCCAUUCGACUUUGCCUCGCGCCAGGCUGCCGACGCCUCGCCCAGUAGCAGUACUACCGCACAUGGCGACUCGGACCAAGAGCAAUGGCUUCGGCAACUCAACAAGCUGAUGGAGACCAAGUCGCUCGAGAUGAUUGAAGAAGAGGAUGAGAAGAUUCAGACGGACAUUUUUGCGUUCCUCCAGCAGCCAGAAGGAGCGUCGUUCGACGCUGACAUGGACGCGCUGCUUCGGAAGCACAAGCAGCGCGCGCAGCAACGCCUCCACGGACUUGAGAUCUUUUCGCCUUGCUGCAGUGCACGCUGGGCAUCCCUUCGGCCCGAUUUCACUUGCUGCCGACACUUGCCGCGUCGUUCCGGCGGUCGUCACCGAGCACCGACGGCCUCGCGACAAUAA